AUGAUGAACGAAGAAUCUUCGUCACCGGCUAGCAGUAAUGUGGUAGCACAAUUCUUUAAGAGACUAGGACAGCUUUAUCAACUUCAACUGGAUAAAUGGACACCGCAUACGAAGGUGCGGUGGGCAGCCGCCCUCGGUUUGAUAGGUCUAUUUCUCCUGCGGGUAUUCACCAAACAAGGCUGGUACAUUGUAACGUACGCGCUCGGCAUUUAUCAUCUAAACCUAUUCAUCGCUUUCCUGACGCCGAAAAUCGAUCCGGCAUUCGAUUUGGACGAUGAUCAAGGUCCAGAGCUGCCGACGAAGGCAAACGAAGAGUUCCGGCCAUUUAUACGGCGGUUACCGGAAUUUAAGUUCUGGUACGCCAUCAGCAAAAGUACAGUGAUUGGUAUCGUCUGUACCUUUUUCGAUAUGUUCAACGUGCCGGUCUUUUGGCCAAUAUUGGUGCUUUACUUCAUCACACUUUUCUGCAUUACGAUGAAGCGACAAAUAAAGCAUAUGAUCAAAUAUCGAUACCUGCCGUUCACCCAUAGUAAGCCUCGCUAUCAGCCUGUAGCGACGGAAAAGUGA